AUGGAGUUGAUAUACAUGGCAGGAUUCACAAUGCCUGGCUGCUUUUUCCUCAUCUUUCUCAUUGUUGCGAUUCUCGGAUGUCCGAUCUCAAGCAUGGGAUAUGUCAAUUACUCUCCCUUACUCAGCCGGAGCACAAGAAUCACAAGGACAGGAAUCUCGGACGUUAAGCUUGCUUCCAUCUCAGUCAGACUGCGUGGAAUAAACCCUUGCAGGCUGAGAAGAUCGCAUGACUUACGGAUGCAAGCUUCAGAGGCAAAGAGCUUCUGUACUCUAGUAAUCCAAGUGGUGAGACAAGACGAUGAAAACGGAAGGACGAUCGAUGCGGACGAGCUUUCCGAGCUCCUGAUGGAGACAGGCGCUCUCAGCGUGAUCGUCGAGGACGCCGAUCGGGGGACAGAGCAGGAGCUGCCCAUCUUCAACGAGCCUGGACGAGCGGAGAGGUACUGGAACAAUUGCAACGUCACGGCCUUCUACCCGCAUGGAUGGGACAUUCCAGCUGUUUUGGAGAUGGUGGUCAAGAGCAUGGACUUGCCUGUGGUGCCUCGAUAUGCAGUGGAUGAGGUCAGAGAUCAGGACUGGGUGAAGCUUGUGCAGCAGUCCUGGAAGCCCAUCUUGAUCGAUCACCUCCUACUCCGCUUCCCAUGGCACAGCAAGGAAGACAUCGACUCUGUCGUCCUGCAGGACAGCGAAAUCCACGAGUUGAUGCUUGAAGGAGGAAUGGCUUUCGGUACAGGAGAGCAUCCAACUACCCGACUGUGUUGCAGGUGGUUGCAGCAGAAGCUCGCCCUGGAGCACGGACAGCGAGUGAGGGUGAUGGACUACGGCGCAGGAAGUGGAGUCUUGGGAUUGACGAGCCUGCGCUUCGGUGCGGAAGCAGCAGUAGAUUCGAUAGUGGCAGCGCACUCGAAUGCAAGACUAAACGGCAUGGAGUCGUUCAAAGUCUACCUGCCCUCCUCAACCGCCAAGGACGCUGAGCUCAUCGAAGACCUGCGGUACGCUGCUCAGCUUCGCCAACUCAGUGGCAUGCUCAGCUGGAAUGACAUGCUUGAGACGCUUCCCGAUGACUGCCACGGGUAUGACGUCGUGGUGUCAAACAUCCUUGCUGGGCCUCUAAUCCGCCUUGCUCCAGAGCUUGCAAGGUUGAGCCGAGCUCAAGGGCUGCUGGGCUUGUCGGGGAUCUUGCACGAGCAGGCAGAGCGCGUCAUAGAAGCUUACGAGCCCUUCUACGAGCAGCUUCGGGAGGAUCAGGGAUGGGUUCUCAUAACCGGCAAACGGAAGCCUUAA